UAAAGUUUUUGUCACCAACUCCUGAUUUAAAACCGUUUCAUGAGUCGAUAUCCAAAUUGUCAUAACUGCUCUCCAUACAUUUCUUGGAGUACCACCUGAAAAAAUAAUCUUUUGGAGAACUUUUCUUGUACUUCAUAAAGCGCCAUGUGGAGUUGCCGAGUUGAAUUGGAUGCAAAAUGCGAUUUAAGACUAGGGUGAAAUGAGGAAUAACGUUCGCUUUCCGUUCAACCAAAAGUUCCGGUUUGAUUUGCCGGAAAUUUCCAGCGGCGGGUGGGACUGUUGAGUGGAAGAUUAGCCUGAAUUAUGAUAAAGAGGACUACUUCGCGAGGUAUAACCAACUUAUUUUUGCAAAAUAUAUUUCCGGUAAGUUCUGUUCCAAUUGAAUGGUUCACAUUUCGGAAAUUCUCCCUUGAUGAUAAUUUCCGUUCUAUUUUCCCACUGUUCGAAAGAGCAAGGUUAAAUUUCAGCCGAAGGAAAUUAAUGUAUGCUUUUCUUAAGUCGCAGUGUGAAGUUCGAGGCUAAGCGACUUUAAUCAAGUGAUGGUUAAUUACUGAAAAAUAAAAUGGGAUCAAAUCUUAGGAAAAUCAAGUCAGCAGCUGAGGUCAAGUCAACCGAGUUCGAGGUAGCGGGGAUCUUCUGUAUAAAUAACAACUUAAAUUGUCGUUUUAUUUUGUAUAAACAACGGGUAGUUCCCGAUGAAUACAUCUGAACUGAAACCAUCUGCGUGAAAAGCAAUUUAGUAAGCGGAAAAAAAUAACGGCUGUAGAAGGAUCUACACUGCUGGGUCUUAGCGUUCAGUUACCUUGCUUUUCGCUGAAGCAAACAGAAACAAAGAAUUAGUCUCUUUGCUGUUAUCAUUUAUGGAAAAAGGUAGAUGACAUUUUUCAGUUGAUAAUAUCGAACGCAGCCAGCGAGGAUGAAUGACACCGGGAAAGACAACAAUGGAUCAGCAGACCAUCACUCAGACAACGAAGACCAAGCAAGCUCCAAUACUAUUUUCAAGAUAAUCUGCCUUCUCAAUGUUCCACUGAUGCUCAUUUCCAUUCUGGGUAACGCUGUGGUAUUGGCCGCCAUCAAAAGAACGCCAUCUGUUCGCUCAACGUCCGUGAUUUUGCUCAGCAGUCUCGCUGUUUCGGACCUCCUGGUUGGUGUUAUUGGUCAACCGAUAUAUAUUGCUGAUCUACUGACAAACUACAGUUUUAUCUCUAAACUGGCGAUAAUGGUAGGGUUCUCUGUAUGUACAGUUUCCCUCCUCACAAUAACAGCUAUUAGCGUUGAUCGACUUUUAGCAGUUCACUUUCACCUCCGAUAUCCUACUUUAGCGACAAAAUCCCGUGUAAAAUACAUUUUGGGAAUGAUUUGGUUGAUCAGCUUCGUCUUAUCGGGUUUCGACCUAUGGAAUAAACGCGUCUAUCACCUCUUGGUAGCCCCAGUGAUCUUCAUUUGUCUGAUAAUUUCCACAUGUUGUUAUAUCAGAAUUUCUCAAAUUGUCCGCCGUCAUCAGUCAGAGAUUCAGGCUCAACAACGUUCAGUGCAAAACAACAACGAUGAAGGAGACGGUGCCCAUGUGGUAGAAUUAAGAAGAAGUGUCAUGAGCGCUUUUGUAUUCUACAUCGCUUUAAUUAUAUGCUAUAGUCCGGCGUACAGUUUGUUAACUCUCAAUGGAAUCUCGGAAACGAGAUAUGCGUGGCAACCAGAAUGGAACUUUGCUACCACUGUAAUAUUCGUCAACUCAGCAGUCAAUCCAUUUCUGUAUUUUUGGCGUCUUCCCAAGCUUCGAAAAGCCGCUUUCAAUGUAUUAAGACAGAUGUUAUGCAAGCAAACUGAAGAAAACUAG